AUGCGUCUCUUCGUGACUGCGACCGUCGCCGCCCUCUGCGCCUCUGCGCAGGCCUUCUCCGACUCGUCUCCUUUCAUUCUGUUCUCCACAGCCAAACUCUCGAAGCCAGCAUCCCAAGACCAACAGCUCCAGUCGAGCUCGCAGGUCCUCGAAUCGACGAAGCAGCUCCUCUCGUCCUGCCCGACCGACCGCUACCUGCUCGUCUCGCAGCCGAACCUUAAUGCCGCCACGCAUCUCAGCUCCAAGGCCUCGGUGCCCAGGCUGACCGGGGCGUUGGACCGCGCCGAGAGCAGCUACAGCAUCGCCGAGGUGGCGGGCGAGCUGGACCUGAAGCAGAUCGCGGCGUAUAUCCGGGAGACGUGCGACGUGAAGAGCUCAGCCAUCGACGAGAUUUACCUGUCGACGCUCCCCACCAGCGAUGGAGUUUCGAUCCUGAGGGAAAAUGACGAACAUCUCGGUAUGGUUCUAGAGCAGUACCAGGCGACAGAGGGCUCCUACACGGUCAUCUACGCCGGAGGCCCGCGGACGGAGAAGCCCGAGAGCUACGUGGCCGAAUUCCAAAACGGCGUCCAGCUCAAGAGGCAUCUGCAGGGCGUCGUGAGGAGGGACGAGCAGCCCGCCCCAGGCCGCGAUCUCCGGCCUCUGUUCGAGAAGUAUCAGUACUUCACCCCAGGUAUCUUCAUGGGCUUGAUCACUCUGAUCAUCCUGAUGACCAUUCUCUACGCUGGUAUCUCUGCGGUCGCCAGUCUUGAGAUCCCUUACGGUGCUUUCGACAAGGAGAUGGGGCCUGCUGCCCAGAAGAAGCAGCAAUAA